AUGAGGCCGGGGCUGCUGCUGCUGGUCCUGCCACUGGUCCUGGCCGUGGGGUCCCAGCCACAGAGGCAGGACCCCAAGGAGUCCCACACCCUAAACUGGAACAAGUUUUCAGGGUUCUGGUACAUUCUGGCCAUUGCCACUAACACCCAGGGAUUCCUGCCAGCCAGAGAAAAAAGGAAGCUGGGGGCGUCCGUAAUGACAUUGAACGGAGUGGGCCGGCUGAAGGUAGUCAUCGCCUUUAGCCGGCCCCGGGGGUGCCAGUCCCAGGAGGUGGUCCUGCGGAAGGACAAGAAGAAGGCCGUGUUCAGGAACGGCUGCGGGUGGGCUCGGGCGCGCCAGGCAGGCGCCAGCGGGUGGCUCUGGGCCUGUCUUCCAGUGCGAGGGGUGAAGGCCUUCCACGUGCUGUCCACCGACUACAGCUCCGGCCUGGUCUACCUCCGCCUGGGGCGGGCCGGCCGCAGCCGCCAGAGACGCUGUGGCUCUGACCCAUCGCCAGGCAGGCAGAACGUGUCGACCUUCCAGAGUCUGAGGGAGUUUGUGGACACGUGUGAAACUCUGGAGCUGAGCAAGGACCUCACCAUUCUCCCCAAAGAUGCUUCCUGUGCGCACACCAUUCUGCCCUGAGAGCCAGCGUCCUCACAGACCCCAGGAGCGUUGUCCCGGAGGCCAGGUCUUCACAGUCAAUGGCUUGUUGGGAGGCGUUUGGUGACCCCAGCGCAUGGACGGUGUGAAACUCAGGUGGCCAGCCCAGGAGGGGUCCCGUAGAGUGGCAGAGGGGCGGGGGAAGGAGGGUGCGCGCUGCCUGGGCAGGGAGACGCUGCACCAGGCCCCGCCCCUGUGUCCUCCCAAGGACACUGCAGGAUGUGCCGUGACUUGUCUGCUGCGAAAUAGACCACAGGCCCGUCCACCACA